CGAACUCGAGUAAGGGAAGGGAGCUUCUUCCAGUUGGAGCAACGGGUUGUUGGUAGGUCUGCUCCAAGUUUGGCCUCAAGCAACUCCGUAAAACCCCAACCUUGAGAUUGUCAUUUCAUCCAAUGAGAAACCGCCGUGUCAUCAGACGUGCCAUCCUAUUCCUACCUGUCACAUUGCGAAGCGGCGUCGGACGGAACGGAAUUCACCACAAAAUGCCAGAAAUGCCAGAAAUCUUUGAGGUUAGUUCGGUAAAUUGAUCUCCGGCCACUCGACUUCAGGUGCUUUUCUUCUCAGACCGAGUGAUAGAUUCCGGAGUCUCAAGCUAUUGAAUUACUUGUUCAAGACCCAUCUUCUCUCUGUGGUUAUCUCAAUGGCUGCCCCAUUUUUCUCCACUCCUUUUCAACCUCACGUUUAUCAGAGUCCCCAAGAUACCGUCAUCCCCUUCCAGAUUUUGGGUGGUGAGGCUCAAGUGGUUCAGAGUCCCCAAGAUACCGUCAUCCCCUUCCAGAUUUUGGGUGGUGAGGCUCAAGUGGUUCAGAUAAUGUUAAAACCAAAGGAAAAGGUUAUUGCAAAGCCUGGGUUUCUGGAUACUAUCAUAUGAUCUGGAACUAGCAUUUUGAUAUUACCAGAAAGCUACUAGGAAGGCUUGUCAGUGACUCAUCCCACUUCACCCAUGUCUACUGAAAUUUUAACCACUCAGAUUGGUGCUGGUAAAAGAUUGAUGUGCUGUCUCUGGUCUAAAAAUCUGCUUUUUAUGUUGAUAGUAUGUUACGCUUAAUCCAUAUUGCUUUCUUGUUCAAUAUUUCACUU